AUGAAGAGUGUUGAAUGGUCCCGAACAUCAUCAGAUUGUUCGUUGCAAAUUAAAGGUGCAUCGGCGGCUGUACCCAUAAUUGACUUAAUUGAUCUUACAACUAGUGACCUUAAAGAGGUUAAUGUACUUGCGCUUGUCAGUUGCAAGAUUGAUUUCGGUCAGUCUGAAAGUAAGUCCCCGCAAAGCCCGAAUGAUCUUGAUACACUGCGGGAAAUCAGGUUCGUUGGUUCAGAAAACCCACUUUCCGAAUCUGACAGGAACAAGCUUUCGGAGUUGUAUCCUAAUGUCAAAGUGACUGAAAAUCAGACGAGUCAGGAAUCAUCUGUAGAAUCCCAGGAGGGUGCAGGGACACCUUCCAAGUUGGACAAAGCCUCCUCUCAAUCACUCAAGACAUCUGCCAUAGAUGAGCUUGAUGAGGAAAAGGUUGAAUUUCAUGAAGAUACAGGCUCACAGAACUCUGAAGGUGGAGAAGAAGAAACCUCAUGGCAAGAAAAAGAAGAGGAAUUUGACGUCAACCCAGGAAGCCUGCCCAAUGAAUCAGUACCUGAUGAAGGAGAUCUCGAGACAACCGAGUGCUGCAAAAGAGUUGGAGCUGAUGGUGGCAAACUGCAACUAGAGUCCUUUGGGAUUGAACUUGAGAUACCUCCUGGUGCAAUCGACAGCAAAGAGCCACAUGAAAUCUCUCUUCAUGUUCUGACCGAUACUCCUAAUCUUGGUGACACCAAAGACGAGAUGUCAGUCUGCUUUGGUGUCCAGUGCUUAGCUCCUGAUGACUUAGUCCUUAGGAUGCCGGUGACUUACACAAUACCUCAUUGCGCUGUUGCAACACGGUACUCCGGUUUAAAGGCAGUCUUGUACUCAGGAGAGGGGGAAUACUCACCUCAUGCAGUUUUUAAAGAACGGAAAGUACUCUCAAGGUUUGGAAUACCCAGUUGUAACAUUAUGAAGGACGUGCUCGAACUCAAGAUGGAUCAUUUUUCAUGGGCGAAGAUUAAGAUCGGGAUCAAGAGCUUUUUCUUCCGCGGAAAGAAGAUGUGCUGUUGGCCAUUUAAACAGAAGAACCUGCCCCUAGCUAAGAAACCCAUCAUCUUACAUGCACACCUUUAUGACGAUGUGAAAGGGAACAAAAAGGUAGUGAGAGAGGAUGAAGAGCAAUUGGGAUUUACUCCUGCUCAUAUCGAACAAAAUGUCCUUAUCCAGAAUGCAGCAGUUGAUCUUGAAAUGGGAUGUUAUGUCAAGAAUAAGAAGAUUGGAGAAAUUGCUGUUGUAUCAUUCGAUAGACUGACAAGUGGAACCAGGAUUUGUGAACCUUUUGAGCUGGAUUUCAGUAAUCAGCCAGACAAUGUUGCAGUAUCACUUAGAGCAGGACAAACCAAGAAACUGGAGGUCAAGUGUUUAUUCCCAUUAGACUUUCCCAUUCCUCAAAAAGUAGAAAAGGCCUCGCAACUAGAUACAGAACAACUAGAAGGUGCUACUGGUCAAACACCAUGCCAACAAAAAGAAAAAUCCCCAGAGAUGAAUCCUGCUCGAAAGAAGGACUUUGAUGACAUCCUUAAAACGGUUGCAAAAAAGGUUACCUCACGUCAAGACAUAGAUGAUCUGGGAAAGGCUCUUGGCUUUGGACCAGAGGAUAUCAACCGUUACGUUGAGGAAAACAACAAAGGACCGGGUGUGUCGUACAUGGGAACUCUUUCCAUGCUCCGAGAUUGGAGUAAGAAGCAAACAAAUGAUAAAGACCGGAAAACCUUACGGACUGCUCUAGAAAAGGCUGGUCAAAUCCGUCUCGCUGAAGAACUAUUUAGAGAAUGAUUUAAUGGAACUCAUGAGUUUUGUGAACUAUGUUGUUAAACGGAGUAUUGGAUAGAGGGGGUCAGUUGGCAGGUCCUCAAAAAGUAGCUUCUUUUAUCCUCGUGAUAUUCACGA